AGGAAUUUGGAAAAAAGCUGGCCUGCGAUCUCCUCCUACUUCGGAGCGUAGUGCCACCUCUGCAGGUGUCCUAAAAGGCAAAACUUCCGCUUACAGGUGCCUCUGUUAUGCUGUUUUCACCUGGAAGGGAGUGUCUGGCGUGCAACGCACAUCGGUGUGUUGCAGUGACGAGAACCUGUUUGUGAGUCCGUUCCCAACAAUAACCCACCGACUUCUAACUGGUAAAGACCUCUGAGACACCAGUGCUGAAGGAGUCAAAAAUGAGUAAUUCUCCCGAGCCGAAGAUGCUUGGAAAACAAAGCCCGGCAAACUUGCCGACGUGUCAAAUCGUCGAGUUAAACGUUGGCGGGGACAUCUUCACAACCACAUUGAGCACUCUGAAGAAGUACCCAGGAUCCAAAUUGGCUGAGAUGUUUGGCCAGGCUAAACCUCGAAUAGAUUCGGUGGGGCGAUUCGUCAUAGACCGUCCUGGAACUUAUUUUAAAUACAUCCUGGAUUAUCUACGUAGUGAUCAGGUCCCCUUGCAACACGUUGAGGAGGUUUACAAAGAAGCCACCUACUAUGACAUCAAGCCUCUGAUCAAGCAACUGGAAGAGUCCCCUCAGAUCUUUGGUGAGCUGGUGGCCAGGAAGCAGUUCCUUGCUCGGGUGCCCAACUACUCCGAAAACAUCGAGCUGAUGAUCCGAAUCGCCCGGGCAGAAGCUGUGGCUUCCCGCCAGUCCAGCGUCAUGCUCUGCGUGAUGAAGACUUUGGAAGAUGUGGCGAGGUGCAGCGAUGCUCUCAGCAGCUUAGAUACCUCCAAGAAAUCCGUGGUCCAGUUUGGCCCGUGGAAAGCUGCCCCGAACAUUCUGGAUCUCCUGGACUGCAUCAAGAUGGACGUAGAAGCCAAAGGUUACAAGACUUCCUUCCAGAGCUACGUUCCAGAAAAAGGCUUUCGAUUCAAAGCCAAUGACUUCUUCUACAAGUUUUUGUUCCAUUGGUGGUAGCUCAAAACUCAUAAACUCGUAAGAUCUUGAAGGUCUCUUGGGUAGCUUUCCCAGCCCUGGGCUACGUAAGGCAGAUGAUCACUCCAGAUUUCUGCCAGAAGAUCACUCCAUAUGUCUGCUGAAUUUGAGCAGUCUAGAAUCUCUAAACUUUGCUCCUUAUCUGGAGUUUGAGAUCUUUGGAGAACACUUGGAUCUUGGUGGGCAUUCUCACAUAAUAGGAAACAGGCCAACAGGAAGAUGAAGGCUUAUUUGUGUAAAUCUCUAUGGAGAUUCUUAGUCAUCCAAAUCAUGGUUGUCUCAAAGGUGGUUUUUCUUUGAAGACGUUUUACUUCUCGUUUUCGACAGAGAGGGGCGCUGGUUUAAAAGAGGCGUCAAAGAUGCCGUCUAUGUCAAAAUUGAACGGCUCUCUCUCAACAGAGAGGGAGGAAUAUAUGACAUCAUCUAUCUCCAGUCUACAACACAGUCCUUUCAGCAGUUCCAAGAAGGCUCCAUGCCCACUUGCGCCACUCAGGUGACCCUGAGGACACCUGAGAAACCUUCAAGUGGCCUCAACGACUCUCUAAAAGGAUGCAAAUGACCAGCUGUCUGCAAGGAGUAUCAAUCCUUCCAUUUAACCCAGACAAGACCGAAUGGCUGUGGGUAUUGCCUCCUAAAGAUUACGUCGAUUGUCCAUCCUUGUUCCUGGGGGGGGAGAAAUUGUCCCCCUCAGAAUGGGCUCGCAAUCUGGGUGUCCUCCUAGACUCACAGCUAAGAUUGGAACAACAUCUGACAGCUGUGGCUAGGGGGACCUUUGCACAGGUUCGCCUGGUGCACCAAUUGCGACCCUACUUGGAUUGGGAGGCUCUCCUCACAGUCACACAUGCCCUUGUCACCUCACGGUUAGAUUACUGCAACGCGCUCUACAUGGGGCUACCCUUGAAAAGUGUUCGGAGACUACAGUUGGUCCAGAAUGCAGCCACGUGAGCUGUCGUGGGUGCACCUAGGUACACCCACAUUGCACCAAUUCUCCGCGAGCUACACUGGCUCCCUAUUGGUCUCCGGGCACAAUUCAAGGUGUUGGUUAUUACCUUGAAAGCCCUACAUGGCUCAGGGCCAGGCUAUCUUCGAGACCGCCUUCUACCGCAUAGCUCUCAAUGACCGGUAAGAUCCCACAGAGUUGGUCUCCUCCGGGUCCUGUCAGUUAAACAAUGUCGGCUGGCGGGCCCGCGGGGGAGGGCCUUCUCUGUGGCUGCCCCAGUUCUCUGGAACCAGUUACCUCCUGAGGUCCGGACCAUCCUCACCCUACUGGCCUUCCGAAAGCGGUGAAGACCUGGCUUUUCCGGCAGGCCUGGGACCGUUGAUCUCGCUACGGCGAUCUUGCAAGACCCGGCCAUGGAAUGGAGUGUAUGGGUUUUUAAUGUUCUUUUAACAUUUUUUUACGGGAUAUUGUUCGCAUUGUUUUUUUGCUCUAAGCCGCCCAGAGUCCCUAGGGAGUUGGGCGGCAUAGAAAUGCGACUAAUAAAUAAAUAAAUAAAUAAAUUUCCCAUCAUCUAGUCAGAGUUGAAGAAGCUUCUUGGAUGAGAAGCGAAAGGUCUUUAAAGAAAAACCAGAAAGUCCAGUUGCCUCCUGAAAAAGCACCUUUGAGUUUACCUGUGUAAUGACAGGUGUAUAGGUUGAUAUAUAGCCAGUUGCCAAUCAUCUUGUUUUCAGAUGCCAGGUGGUCAGGUUUCCCCUUUACCUGUUCUAACACCCCAGGUGUCAGCUCUUCAAGAUAUUCCAGGUUAUCAAACAGACGCCACGGGGAUGUCAAAGGUACAGGAAGUCCUCGACUUACAACCAUUCAUUUAGUGACCAUUUGAAGUUACAAUGGCACUGCUGAAGCAACUGACGACUGAUUUUCACUCUUAAUAUCAUUGCAAAAGUCACGCAAUCAAAAUUUGGAGAAAUGUUGGAAGUGUCAUCAGACCCCAGGAUCAUAUUACCAUAUGUGGUGGACAUGCAUAGAAGCAAGGAGAUAUUGGACUAAGAUACACAUGUGGUUGGAAAAAAUGAUAAAAAGACACAUUGAUCUUAAACCAGAGACAUUUUUAUUAGGGAUCUUACCAUUCAAUAAAGAAUUGCAAUAUUUAAUUGUGAAUAUUGUAACAGCGGCUAGAAUUGUAUUUGCUAAAAACUGGAAAGGAGAGAAGAUAAUUACUGAUGAAGAAAUCAUGAAGAAAAUGCUGUGCUGUGCUGAAAUGAGUAAACUGACACUUGAAAUAAGAGAACAGGAAGAUAAACAAUCUUAUUUGAUAUGGGAGUUAUUUUAUCAAUGGAUAGACAAUAAAACAUGGAGAUGAAAUAUGAUGUAUGAAAUGAAAUUAAGAUAAAAUGUGUAAACACUUGUUUUCUUUUAGGGGAAAAGAACAUUUGUCAUAUAUUGAUAUUUUGAAGAUUUUGGGAGCACGAAAUGAUUUUAACUGACCGAAACACUGUCUAUAAUUGUUUGAAAGGAUGAUGUUUUUAUGUUGUUUUUGU